AUGUUUGAGGCUCUUUCUGGGAUGGGUAUUUGGACGAACAGCGCUGCUCGUGCCGAAGGGACUCGGGCGCGCACCAAGUCGAAGCAAGCGACCAAAGAAGAUAAGAAAGUAGCAGCAACUGUGACCCGGAACAAGGUCCAUGGGCCAGGUGAGGGCACAAGUAGGCCCCUACGGGAGCGGACCAACCAACAGUCUGAGAACCUCCAGGCACUGGAUCCAGUAGCUGCUUUUCAGAAGUUUCGUGGAAGCGUCGAGCCGUCUGCGAACGAGGGCAAGCCUCCAGAGCGCGGGGCGGCGCGUCUACGUCCCGGGGCGACUCGGGAGCCUCUUGGCAGAAACGCGGACAGGGCACUGGCGGUGAAAAAUGCCGUUCAUAAUACGCGGACGCCGCAGGGUGCACACGCUGGUAUCGACCACUCAGACGAGCAGGUCAGUGAAGCACCUGACAGAGACGGACGCAGUGACCGACAGGCUGCGUCCACGCUUAUCGGUGCGGACGGCGCGAGCUCAGUCGAACCGGCAUCUCCGUUCGGCCACCAGGAUGAAGAAGCCGAUUCGCCUGGUUGGCUCGGUGCGGCGAAAAACCUUGCCUCAACCAAAGACGAUCAGGUAUCGCCACUGACGCGCAUUCUGCAGUCGCAAGGAGCCAGCGAUGUGCCUCCGCAUGUGACCGAAGAGAAAGUCCGAGGUUUAUUGGAAAAUGCACCAGAGGAAAGCGAUCGUCAUCAAGGGCCACUCGCUGCGCCAUCGCCGUUACAGAGACGGCUUAUGCGCAUGUCGCCAAACAUGCAUAUUGUGUCUCUGGAAAACAUCGCGAGGUUAUAUCUGGAGCUUCAAGCGGAUCGAGAGUACCUCAUUCGAGAGUCCGAAAAAUGUUAUCGUGCGCGCGCCGCUACCGUUCAAGACUUGCGGGAAGUUGAGGCCGCGCUCGCAGAGCUUUUGACCAAGAAACAUGCCUUGGAAGAGAAACUGGAGAGUCUGGGCGAGCGAGAUGAACUGAGUCGUCUACUUCUUGGAAAUUUGGACGAGAAGGUUACCGUUAUUGGCUCUGAAAGCGUUGCAUUCGAGGAGCGUAUCCGGCAACUCAAGGGCUCGGGUGUCGCUCAGGCGGUGGAGCGAGCGCUCAAAGAGCGGCGCGGUCGAUCGAGUUUCCUACCCAGUGCAACGAGUGCGCCUCCCGAGCUCAAAACGGAGAAUCCUCCACAGAGCUCCGACGAAGCAGCAGCGGACAUGCCGACCGGAGCACGUCUCGGAGCCGUUGCCAAUGAAAGCCGCCACAGUAGCAGCGGCGCCCGGGGCUCCGAACGCGACUCCCUGACCCCUCGCCUCUGCAUUCGUACGCUUUACGGGCACACUGGCCAGGUGCUCGCUGCUGAUGUGCACGAGGAAGCAGAUAUCAUUGUUUCUGCGUCUGCUGAUCGCACGCUGCGCAUCUGGGAUCUUUCAGUCUGCAUGUCUUUGGAUGAGUCUUUUGUGGACUCAAAGGAUCCGUUUGGAUCGCGGAAGGACACUCUGCACGGCCACGAGGGCUGGGUACACGCCCUCGAUAUCCAUCCAACAGGCACACUGUUGGUGUCGGGAUCUGCGGACCGCACCGCUCGUCUGUGGAAACUAUACGACGCCGAGGAAAGCGCUUCGUCGCCGCUGACUUCUCUGCCGCACACACGACGUCACCGAUGUCUGCACGUAUUCGCUGGAGGUCAUCGUGGUGCUAUCAUGGCUAUUCAAAUGGAUGAUGCUCGUGUUAUCACUGGUUCGACCGAUCGAACGCUCUGCUGUUGGGACUUGGAAACUCGCGCUCGCGUCCUGCGCAUGGAAGGACACGAGGCUGGCAUCACUGCACUGCAGUUUUGGCGCUACGGGCUCGCCACGGCAAGUGCUGACGGUACUGUCAAAAUGUGGGACAUGCGAACCGGACGUUGCCACCGCACAUUGCCAGUGACGCAGUCUGGGGACGGUGAGGCAACCCAGGCCUCUGUCACCUGUCUCCAGUUCGAUGAGAGUCGUUUGAUCACGGGUAGCAGCGAUGAGUGUGUGCGAGUGUGGGAUUUGCGAACAGCCAAAUGCCGCCAAGUGCUCGAGACUGGCUCCAGCAUCAAUGCGCUUCGCUUCGACCGCGAUCGUCUCUAUGUCGGGUGCGCGGACCAAGUCGUUCGCGCCUACGAUAUGCAUCAGCUGCUGGAACCCGCACAAGGUCGUCCGUCCAUGCUACGUCGGGCGUUUUUCGGCCACACCGGCGCCGUCAAUUGCCUCGCACUGAGUGAAUACGGCCUCGUGAGCGGUGCCGCCGACCAAACGUUACGUCUCUGGAACACGCGUUGGCAUGAGGACUGGCACAUGACACCCGAGUGA